AUGCCCAAGCCAGUCACCGUCACCAUCCCAUCCCGGCUGGCACGAAGGACAGUCAGCUCGCCGACGUUGGCCGUCGCUCAGGCCCGCUCAAGGUCGCUCUACCGGGACUGGUAUCGGGCGGCACCCGAGAUCUGCCAGCUCUACGCACUCGACGUGCCCUAUCCGACCCUGAGGGCGAAAAUCAGACAGAUCUUCGACCGCUAUGCGCACGUCAAAGACAUCCAGGCCAUCGACGUCCUCAUCGCCAAGUCGCACAUGGAGUACCAGGAGUUCGUCAACGUCUGGAAGAUGCCCUCCCAGGUCAUGAGAUACUUCGAGUCCGAACAGGCCCCCCCCGUGCCGAACUCGUUUAUGGAGAAAUUCCUGGCCGGGAAGGACGACAAUGCGGUCCUGCCAGGCGCAUGA